GUGACAUGUGUGACAAUCUGUUUUGUGGUGUGGGGAAGUCCUGAAGGAUCAGUGUGCCCACCCUCCUCCCGUGGGAACAGACAUCUGCAGUUGAGGAGAGCAUGGAACCCAAUCCCAUUGGCUGCCUUCUGAGAGCAUAGAGAGGAUUUGCAGGGUGGUGACAGUGGCAGGGCCUGGGUGCUGGUAGGAACCUGCCGCGUGCCCAGGCUCCAGAUGCUGUUGCUGAGAGGCCAGGAACCUCAUCCCUGCCUUCCCAAUUCCUGCUUGCACAUGUCAGAGAGAGACAGAUGGCAGAGGAGGUCUCACCACGAGACGGCACCUCUUCCCCUGCUGCCAGCACCAACCAGGUGCCCCAGGCUGCGCCUCCACAUGACACAGAGAACCUAAUGUGCCCGAUCUGCCUGGACACCAUUAAGGACCAAGUCUCUGUGAGCUGGUGCAGCCACUCUUUUUGCUUUCCUUGCAUACUGCAAUGGUCCCGCAACACAGCUGUGUGCCCGAUCUGCAGGGAGCCUUUCCAAUACCUCCUCCGCAAGGUGGGAGACAAUAAUUACGAGGUGUACUCCAUAGGGCACUACAUCACCUUCGUCAGGCCUAAUCGAGCACAGAGAGUUCGUCGCCGCUCUGCAAGAAGGAGGCGGAAUCGUUCCACAGGCCGCCAGCAGCGCAGCUCUUCCAGCAGGGAGCAUGGCACUGGCCGUGCCAGGACCCGAGAGAGGGAACGAAGCAGGUCCCCGAGGCGGCACCACAGGAGCCACAGCAGGGGUCAGCACGCCCAGGACGACGACUCCUUGAGCAGCAGGAGCCGGCAGCAGAGUUGGGCUGAAGACACAUCUACUGACACCUCUAGUGAUGAGGACCACGCUGAAAGGCCUGAACAGGAUGCCCCAGUCCGCUUGAGGAGGAGCGACCGGCAUCAACAGAGACGCCAGGUUUCCUCCCGGGAGCCCCAGGCAACAAGAAGCCGAUCCCGGCGGACAUCCCACAGUCCUCAUGGUCACAGGAACAGGUAGAACACCCUACCAAGAACAGUACUACUGUAUGCCCUGCUAUUAGUGCGAUGAAUUAGAAUGCUUCACACCAAAACUUCUCCUACUAGUAAUUUCAAAAAUAAGUUCAAAUCCAACCACCAAACUUGGGGCCAAGCAUCCGAAAAUGCACCUGAAAAUCUAAAAAGACCCUUCAAGGCUGCUGAAGGUCAUGAGCAUAACAGGCUAGAAGCUUUAGUGUUGCUUUUCUCAUCCUGUUCUAUGUUGUACUCAUCUAUAAAAGCUUGUACUUAA